UGGUCGGCUUGAAUUUUAAAAGCCACACUUAACGUUUGAAAACAAAUACUAACAAAUGAAAGAGAACAAAAGAUAAAAGAGUAAAGCAAAAGCAGAGAGAAUAAACUCUGAAUUCGCUUCUUUGCCAAGCAAACCCCACACACAAAACCUUCUCUCCUUCUGAUCCUUACGCAAACUCUUCAAAAAUGUCUGAUUCGAUUCACCGGAGAAAAGCUUCGAAUCCGGUUGUAAACGGUGGCCGGAGCUCAAGAACGAGACGCACGGCGUCAAGGUGCGUUUCCGAUAAGAAUAAAACUCACUCGAAAUCGACGAAAAAUGUUUUCGAACGAAGCUAUUCAGAGCCGAGUCUUAUCAAUCGUCGCCGUGACGGAGGAGACAGUAGUUUGCGGCGACCGUCGCCGAUGAGAGGUUUACAAACGGAAGAAUCUGCAGACCCGAUCGUUUACUUGCCUAGGAUUCGCUCUGAGGUUUUCUCUUCUUCUCCGACGUUAACGAGCUUAUCUUCGCCGUCGUCUUCAGCUCCGAUCAAUCUAGAGGGUAAUAAAAGAGAAGCACCAAAAGUAGUAAUUAAUGUAGCAGUAGAAGGAAGUCCUGGACCUGUAAGAGCAAUGGUUAAGCUGAGUUCUAACGUCGAAGAAACGAUCAAAAUCGUUGUUGAUAAGUACUGCGAAGAAGGACGAACACCUAAACUCAAUCGAGAUUCUGCUUUUGAAUUGCAUCAGUCACAUUUCAGCAUCCAGUGUUUGGAAAAAAGAGAAAUAAUAGGAGAAUUAGGAAGUAGAAGCUUCUACAUGAGAAAGAAAGCUCAUGAACAAAACGGAGGUUCGUUACCCGGGAUUGCAACGGUGAGAGCUAGCCUUAUCCCGUCGUCGAAUUUGAUCGGAUCGUGCAUCGCUCAGUUCAUUGGGAAAAUCAUAAGGAGAACGAGAAAGAUAUGGAACAUAUUGGUAUGUGUGCAAUGAGAUAUACCAAAGUACACUUUUGAGCGUGGCACAUAAAUAUUUUAGUUUGUGUUGUUACUCCAAUAUAAGAGCACUUUAUUGUUUAUAAAAACGGUGCUAUAUCGUUUACAGAUUUUACUAUACCAUACAUACUUGUUACCGGAUAUUGAUUUGUAAGCCAAACUGGCAACUUUGUCCAAUGUGGUUAACAACAAUAAGAUAAGUACGAAAUUCACAACA